AUGAUUGGUGGCCGCGAAGAAGUUGUGAUACGGGUGCAACUGCCAUUAACACCAGCAUAUGCGUUCACAGACUACCGAUCGCAAGGUCAAACAAUCAGCAACACGAUUGUUGAUAUUGCACAACCACCAAGUGGAAAACUUACACCAUUUAACGUGUGUGUUGCGUUGUCGCGAGGGCAUGGACGAGAGAACAUCCGCCUUCGAGACUUCGAUGAAAAGCUUGUCACCACUCAUACUAAUGAGUACCUCAGGCUUGAAGAUAGACGUUUAUUGGAACUGAACGAGGUAACAGAGAGAUAG